AUGACACAUUAUCAGGCGGAUUCACCGAUCACUGAGCAUGGAAAAAUUUGUGCUGCAUUAAUUGGGCGAGGUAUCCUACUAGCCAAUUACCAGCCUAAAAUUAUUUUCACAUCCCCCGAGCUGAGAUGUAUUGAAACAGCUCGUUCAAUCCAACGUUCGCUGCACAUUGGUAAUUGGAGCUUGUGUGUGGAACCGUCAUUAGCUGAAUAUGCAGGAUUUCGGGAUGAUGCACAAAAAUACUGGCUUACGAUUGCACGGUUGCAAAAUGAAGGCAUUCUCUCAACCAGUAAAACCUAUGCGCCGUUAUUAAAACCUGAACAACUUCCCAGAAAUGAGACACCGCAGGAGUUCGUACACAGGCUGCAACGAUUUUACGAGCGUAUCAUCGUGGAUUUUGAGGACAGAUGUGUCGUGAUUGUCAGUAAUAUUACUGGAAUUUUUGUACUGAAUGAUGGGAUGGCUACAACUCCGUGGCAUCUACAGAAGCCUCACGCUUAUAUGGGUAGCUGUCAUCUAUGUGCUAUCGAAGUCACACCUGAUGGGAAAGUCUGA